ACUUGCGCCAAGCCCAUAAGCCCAAAUAACAAACAUACAGGCUAACCUCCUCAGUCUUCGGUCGGCUUAUAUUCGCUGGCCGCUACUCUCUUCUAAUUUGCUGCCUCCCGCCACUCAGACUCGCAUAAACAAACUCAGAGUUUUUUGCUUUUGUGCCCUAAUAAAUCUUCUCUCUGCUUCUUCUGAAUCAUCACAGCAUGGCUAGAGAAGCUUUCACAGACUCCAUGAACCUAAAAGUUCAAGAGCUCUUAAAGGAGGUUAAGUUAAACUACUCUCCGGCCACUACUAAGCACGUCGACGACGUCGUUUCAUCCAUUCGACAAGUCAUUGAUAAAAUCCCCGAUGAUAUUCAGGUUACUGCUGACCUGGCACCAGGUUUUGUUAAAGACAUUCGUGCUGAUAAAGUGAAUUUCAAGUUUAAGAAGCCGAAAUCGAUUGAAAUUACUGGCAGUUAUUCGUACAAAUGUAUUGCGAGACCUGAUGUGAAUGUUGAUGUUUUCGUUCAAUUGCCUAAGGAAUGUUUCCAUGAGAAAGACUAUUUGAAUUAUCGAUACCAUGCCAAAAGGUGCCUAUAUCUUUGUCUGAUUAAAAAAUAUUUGAAGCGUUCUUCACUAUUUCAAAAAGUUGAAAUGUCUGCCUUUCAGAACGAGGCUCGAAAACCUGUACUUGUUCUGUAUCCAGCUGAAAACUUUGGUGAAACUCCAUUGACUUCAAUAAGGCUGAUUCCCACCGUAACAUCUCUCUUUAACGUUUCUAAGCUUAACAUGCAACGCAAUAAUAUCCGUGCAUCGAACCAAGCUGUUGAUGCUACACCUAUGUACAAUAGCAGUAUUUUAGAAGAUAUGGCGUUGGAAGAGAAUGCAAACUUUAUCAGCAGUACAUUUCAUGAAUGGAAGGAAUUAGGCGAGGCCCUAGUUUUGUUAAAGGUCUGGGCUCGGCAGAGAAGUUCUAUAUAUUCUCAUGAUUGCAUAAGUGGGUACCUGUUAUCUACUAUUAUGGCAUAUCUUGCAACAGUUUCUGGUAAAAAUCGCAUCAGCAAGUCAAUGAACACGAUUCAGAUAUGUCGUCAUACAUUGGAUUUCAUUGCCAAUUCAGGUGUAUGGAAAAAGGGUAUUUUUUUCAAACACAAGGUGGAAAACAAUAUACUAACGGAGGAGGAAAGGGAGAUAUAUUUGCAGUCAUUUCCCGCAGUUCUCUGUCAUUCCUCACAAUUUAAUGUUGCAUUCAGAAUGUCAAAAAGUGGUUUGCAAGAGCUUCAAGAUGAGGCUUCUCUGGCAAGAAAUUGCUUGGAUAAGUGCAGGGAUGGUGGAUUUGAUGAAUUGUUUAUUACCAGCAUUGACUUUGCUGUUAAAUUUGAUCACUGCAUUAGAUUAAACUUGAAGGUAAAUGUACAAGAUGAUGCGCCUGGAUUUUCUCUGGACAACGAGUGUUGGAGAACUUAUGAGCAUAAGGUACAUUCAUUGAUGCAAGAAGCAUUAGGAGAAAGAGUGAAGUUGGUGCGAGUUAUCUGGAGAAACAUGGCAUCAGAGUGCAAUUUUGAAAAUGGUUUAUCAACGUUUGAUAGAGAGGCACUGAAAAUUGGAAUUUUACUCAAUAAAGAUGAAGCUUUUAAUAUGGUUGUCAAGGGUCCCAAUUCUGAAAACGAAGACGAGGUUCAAAAGUUCUGUAGAUUUUGGGGAAAUAAGGCAGAACUUCGAAUUUUUAAAGAUACUGGAAUCAGAUAUUGUGCUGCUUGGGAAUGCAAGCCAUCCGAAUUGCAUCUUGUUAUGAAACGGAUUACGGAGCAUAUAUUGGUGAAGCAUCUAUCACUGUUAAGAGAAAACAUCACUUACAUUGUGGAUCAGCUUGAUUUUUCUUUGGUACUGGGGAAUGAAGAUCCAACAUGUUAUAAUGGACAUUUGCUUGAAGCAUUUAACAAACUUUCAAAGCACUUGCGUGAGCUCAAUGACAUUCCUUUAACAAUAUCUAGUGUGCAGCCUCUCGAUCCAGCUUUCAGGGGCACAUCUGUCUGCCCGCGGCAGCCUCAUCCAUUAGCUUCUAAAGAUUAUGUCAAUAGGAAAAAGAUAAAAUUUAGUCCAACUUGUAUACAACCAGUGGAAGUUCUUAUCCAGUUGGAAGGUUCUGGGAAUUGGCCAGUAGAUGAUGUUGCUAUUGAAAAGACCAAAUCUGCUUUUAUUCUGAAAAUAGGGGAGAGUCUCCAAAAGAAUUUUAAUAUGAGAUUUACUGCUACUGAGGAUGAUGUGGAUGUUCUCUUUUCCGGAUAUGCAUUCCGUCUGAAAAUACUGCAUCAGAAAGGCCUGAACUUGGUGAACAGACAAUCCAAAAUUGAUCAAAACAAAAGGAUCUCUUCCACGGACAGGAAACUUUUUCUUCUCAGCCAGCACGCUAGCAUGAUUAAUGGUUUACGGGGCCGGUAUCCUAUAUUUGAGCCUGUUGUUCGGCUCGCUAAGCGUUGGGUUUCUGCGCACCUCUUCUCGGCUGUUUUAGCAGACGAGGCAGUUGAGCUACUAGCUGCAUAUCUAUUUACCAAUCCUCUGCCGUAUUCUGUUCCAUGUUCACGGAUUACUGGAUUUUUAAGAUUUCUGCGUCUACUCUCAGAGUACGAUUGGACUUUUUCUCCUUUGGUUGUUGACAUAAAUGGUGAUCUUAAUCCAGAUGAUAUGAAGGAGAUAAAUGAGAAAUUCAAUUUAAGUAGAGACACAUCUGGAGAAGAAACGAGAAGUACACAUUCUGCCAUGUUUUUGGCAACAACUUAUGAUAAGUUCUCUGAAGCAUGGAGCACAUCAUCUCCGAGCUCAAUGGAGCUCAAAAGACUGGCGGCAUAUGCAAGAAGCAGUUCAAAUCUGUUGACCAAGUUAGUAUUGCAGGAUCAACUUGAUUCUUAUGGCUGGGAGUGCAUUCUUCGUACUCCUUUGAACAACUACGAUGCGGUUAUUCUGCUCCACAGAGACAAGUUGCCUUACCCUGAGCGCCUUCUCUUCCCAUCUGAAGUCAAUCAAGGGAAACUAGUGGUCCAAGCUAAAGCAAGUAAGCUAUUUCAACCGUUCAUUUCUUCUGUGGAUACGAAAGUGAACAUAGAAGAACUCCAAAGAAAGCUGAUGGUAGAUUUUGAUCCAUCAAGGUGUUUAAUUGAAGAUCUGGAGAGGAGAUUCCCCGAUUGCUUUAAGGUGUGGUAUGAUUCCUUAGGAGGUGAUGCAAUUGGUGUUACGUGGAAUCAAGAGGGUUUAAAGAAACGCGGACGAGAUGCUGGAAAGGAAGAAAUAAACCUACUCGAUGAACUAAAGGCCGUUGGUCAUGUUGGGAAAGGUUUUGUGAGGAAAAUCUACUCUCUAAAAGCACCUAGGCUUAAUUAGUUAUGAUAAUCUCAAAAAGUUGCGGAGUUGAUGCACAGUUAUAUAUUUUUUGUACGACCAUUGGUGAUGUGCUGUGGAUCCUUCUCAAAAAGUUGCAGAGCUGAUGCACGUCCAUAUAUUUUCGUAAGACCCCUGGAUGAUGUAGCUGGAUUUCCACAGCUCUGUGUCGCUGAAUUUUUGGAAAGAAGUUUUCUUUUGUCAUAUGUAAUAUGUUUUCAUUGUAGACAAGGUAUACAUAGAUGAAGAACUAAAGAUGAUUGCUUAUCGAUACAAGUGGAGUCCAUAAAUUUUUGUUCUUCGCGUGUAUUUCUUUUAUCUGGAAAUAUUGGUUAUUCCCCAA